AUGCUAAAAUAUAAAAUUUUGAAUCUUAUUUGUGAUUGCAUAAAAAAUAAAGAGAAAAAAGAUAAUUUAUUAGACAAAAUUUUAGAAAUGCUUUGUAAAAGCUAUAACGAGGAAAAAGAAAAGUUUUUAAAUGAAAUCUAUAAAUAUAACUCCUUAGAUUAUGUACAAAAUAUAAAUACUAAGCUAGCGAAAAAAAAAUUUUUGUGUUUUAAAGAUUUGACAAGUGAGACUAUUGCUUUUAUAUUACGUUUGUCACAAACAGAGCUGACUUACGAUGAACAUUUAAUAAUAAUUUAUUCAUUAGACAAAGAAAUUUUACAGAAAUUUCUUCCUGGAAUUAUGUCUUAUAAUUUAUCUUUGCUUUUAUCCUCUAAUGUAAAAAAAACUUUGUCUAUUAUUAAUUAUUUGCUUGUAUGUAAAUUGCAUAUUUCUGAUGUAGGAAAAGAUAUAUUGUACAAAGCACUAAUUAAUGUAGAUAGAAGCGAUCUAAAGGCUACAAGUUGGUUAUGUAAAGAUUUAUUUGACGAUAGUAAAUUGAUGUUUUUUUUACAAAAUUUAGUAUUAGGAGAUUGUACAUUAGAUACCGAAGAAUAUAUUUUGUUGCAAAAACAAAUUGUCUUUAAAUUAAAAAAAGUUAAUUUUUUGACUGUAAAUGAAAGAGAGACAUUAUUUAUGGUAAUAAAUAAAAUGGCUACGAAAAAAAUAUUGGAUGUUACAGUUGAUUUUUGGGAAACCAUGAAAAAUUUAUAUUAUAGUAAAUAUAAUGUUGAGUAUGUUAUUGAAUUAAUACAAAUGAAUUACACUGUUUGUUCUCCUAUACUAGAAUUAAUGCCUAUAAACGAACAUUCAUUAUCUAUAAUUUCUAAGUCUAAUAAAAUAAAAGAGUUAAAAAUAUUUAUUAGACGAAUUAAAAAACCAAUAAUGGAGUAUGAAAUUUUAAAAUUAUAUCUGGAAAAAAUUGAAAUUCGAAAUGAAAUAGAGAUUAAAUAUAAUAUAAAAGAACUUGCUAUAAAGUUUAGAAAUGAGAUUUCUGAACAUUUAUUUUUAGAACUAGAAAAAGUAUAUAAAAAGACUAAAAAAUCAAUUUUGUUUGAAAACUGUAUAGAAUCCCUAAAAAAAGAUGUCAAUUUUGAUAAUCACGUUAACGAUAUAAUAAUUUCAUGCCAUAAAUUAAAUGAAAUUGAUAAGAAUGCAGAUUUAAAAUUAAUUAAUGAUUUGUGUUUAAAGUUUCUUGAUAAAAUUCGAGACGAAACAGUAGCAUACAAUAUUUUUAAGCUUUUUAAAGUCGAAGAGAACUUAACCAACGAAGAUUUAUUCUAUAUAUUUGAUAAAAUUUUAUAUUUUGAUUUGGAUUCUAGUCGUAUAAGGAAAAUAAAAUAUGGAGUCAUAAGUAAAAUAUUUUCUUAUUUAAUAAAAAAUAGUAAACAAAACAAUCCAGGCAAAAUUAUUAUUCAAAAAGAAAAUAAAUUCUUUCUUCCCAUGCUUGUUAAGUUAUGGGACGAGAUAUCAAUCAUACCCGACGAAUUUGAAAUUGAAGCGGUUAUAAAUCUUUUAAAAAUUUCUAUAGAAAAAAGUGGAGCAUUUUAUCAAAAAAGAUUUUUUGCUUCUGAGAUUUACACUUAUUUUCUUAAGCGAUUUACCCAAGAAAAAUUUGUUACAUCUGAUUUAAGCAAAUAUUUAUCGUUCUUUAAUUUUUUAGAAAGUGUGGUUAAUUGCUUUCUGUUACCAAAAGAAAACUUUGAGAAUAUAUUUAUUUAUUUAUGUAAUUUAAGUUGCUUUUUAGAAGCUCGAAAAGUUGUUUAUAAGAUGACAGUUUUAGAUUCAUAUCUAGCUUUCUAUAUAUUAUACAUACAAAAAAAAGUUACUUUACCAAAAGAAUUUAGUGAAAAAAAUUUGAAAACUAUAAAAUCAGUGAGCUUUCAGCAAAAACAGCAGCAAUAG